GAACUACAACCAGGCACUUUCUUCUUCUUCUUCUCGGUUCAGAUUUUUUCUGAAGGAGGUGCUUCUCUCUUUCUCUCCAAAAUUCUCGAUCCAUUCCUCAACCCGACCCGAAUCCAGAUCCAAUUCACCAUGUACGGAUUCGAAGCUCUCACCUUCAACAUCCACGGCGGUUACCUUGAGGCAAUCGUCCGCGGUCACCGUUCCGGUUUACUCACCACCUCCGAUUACAACAAUCUCUGCCAAUGCGAAACGCUUGAUGAUAUCAAGAUGCAUCUCUCCGCUACCGAGUACGGUCCUUAUCUCCAAAACGAACCUUCUCCGUUGCAUACCACAACAAUUGUGGAGAAAUGUACUCUUAAGCUGGUUGAUGAUUACAAGCACAUGCUAUGCCAAGCUACUGAACCAUUGUCAACCUUUUUAGAAUAUAUCACAUAUGGUCACAUGAUAGACAAUGUUGUUUUGAUUGUUACUGGCACCUUGCAUGAGAGAGAUGUCCAAGAACUUCUAGAAAAAUGCCAUCCACUGGGCAUGUUUGACAGUAUUGCUACUCUGGCAGUUGCUCAGAAUAUGCGAGAGCUUUACAGGCUGGUUCUUGUUGACACUCCUCUGGCUCCAUACUUCUCUGAGUGCAUUACAUCAGAGGACUUGGAUGACAUGAACAUUGAAAUAAUGAGGAACACUCUUUACAAGGCAUACCUUGAAGAUUUUUACAGAUUCUGUCAGAAACUAGGUGGUGCUACUGCUGAGAUAAUGUCUGACCUUCUAGCUUUUGAGGCUGAUAGAAGGGCUGUGAAUAUUACCAUCAAUAGCAUUGGUACUGAGCUUACCAGAGAUGACCGUAGGAAACUGUACUCUAACUUUGGUUUGUUCUACCCAUAUGGUCAUGAGGAACUUGCCGUCUGUGAGGACAUUGAUCAGGUUCGUGCUGUUAUGGAAAAAUACCCUCCUUACCAAUCUAUUUUUGCCAAGCUGUCAUAUGGAGAGAGCCAGAUGCUUGACAAGGCAUUCUACGAGGAAGAGGUCAAGAGGCAUUGCUUAGCAUUUGAGCAACAGUUUCACUAUGCUGUGUUCUUUGCAUAUAUGAGGUUAAGGGAGCAGGAGAUCAGGAAUCUUAUGUGGAUUUCAGAAUGUGUGGCUCAGAAUCAAAAGUCCAGAGUUCAUGACAGUGUUGUCUUCAUAUUUUAGUCUGAAUAUUCUUUGUGAUAGCUUGUAUGUUGGUUUGGACAAAUUGUUAUGUAAACUUUCUGCAUUCCGCGUCUGAGUUGCCAAUCGAUAGAGACUAGACAAUCACUAUUUAGAAGAUUGUGAUACCAAUAAGUAAAUUCUUACGCUGAAGAAAUCUUCUGUAAUAUAGAAGGGAGAUCUUUUGUCAAAUUUAAUUAAAAUAUGUUCAGUUUUAAAAACACUACAUUGAAUUUGUAUGUUGUGAAUUGUGAUAUUUAUAAUAAAUUUUCUUAUGGAAUAAACUUGAUAGCUUGGUCCA